UCUUGUCAUUUGCCAACAUCGAAUUCACCUUGUUCAUGUUCCGGUCCAGUAAUACAGACGAAUCCUCCUCCAAAUUAUAAUUGUAUAAAUCAACUUGGUUAUGCCUGUUCGACAAAUCCAUGUGGUUCAACAAAUAAUUGCUGCGUUCAAAAUCAAUGUUGUCAAACAGAACAUCCACAUGAAACAACUCCACCUCCAACUGACGAACCUCGCCCCACUAUUCCUACACCACCUCCUGAAACCCUUAUCAAAUGUCCCUCGGGAAUGAAGCACAUUGGUAAGGAAUGCCAUUUGAUAUAUUGUCCUCGUGGAUCUCAAAUGGUGAAUGAUCGCUGUGUCGUUAUUGAAUGCCCCGAAGGUACAGUUUGGACCGGACAUAGAAGUUCAGUACCCGAACCAAUUGUACAUAAUCUAACAUUUUACAAUGCCGUUAUGACACAAUUUAAUCAAACAAAACCCGACAUUAUACUGAAUAAAACGAACAACACCGCUGUUAAUGCACCUUUGACUGUACACGAUGAGAACAACUACAGCAAAGACUGCAACAAUGAUUAUGACGAUUGUGAUGAUGAAAUUUCAACGACAACACCACCUACGAAUUUGGAAUGCUGUGUAGUCAUGACGCCACGCAUAUGCAAGUAUCAUAAUAAUCGUUGGCGAUGUUACAGUCGUCGCUCUAGUAGAUGUGGCGAAUUUUGUGUUGCACCCAUAAUUUACCUCAAAACAUCCCGUAUACAAUAA